GUGCGAUAACUUCUCGUCCGCAUAUUGCACUUUUAAAUGAUACGAAUUGCAGUCCGAAUCGCGAAAAAUACGAACGACACGACCGGCGACACGACGCAGUCCCGAUGCUGACCACAAUACGAAAUCUAUCGAACGGUAGCGAUCUUGCGAUCCUCGAAGUGCCGGAACGGCGCGGCGUCGAGAUAUCGAACUGUGAUCGUACAUCGAAAAAAGUCGCCGCGAUACAUCCCAAUGUGAUUCAACAUCGGGACACUCAGGCGUUCAGUACGGUCGCAGCUACGAAAAAAUGGGAUUUGUACAGCGCUGUUUGUUUAGAACGUCAUCCAGUUAUAAUACAGUCAAUGCAAGAGAUAGAGAUGAAAUUUCAUAAUGUGUUAAAGAAAAUUGAAUAUGAAAAUAGUUUCAAGUCUGAUCAUGAGUUGAGAAAAGAAAGAGAGAAGAAACAGAAAAAAUCAGAUAAUAUGGAUGAUGUGGAUUUUGUGAUACAAACUGCACAGGACUUCGAGGAUAAUUGUCAAGAGGAAUUAAAGAAUUUUAAAUUUGCGCCGACAAUUACGAAAUUUGAUGAACAAAAUGUAACGUCGUCUUUAGAACGUAAAUUAGACAAAAAUUUGCUUUUAUUAACACAACAAAAAGUGGGUGAUUUACAUUAUUGGAUACCUCCUCAAGGUAUUCGGAAGGAAGGAGAGACUAUGAGACAGACUGCAGAGAGAGUAUUACAAGACACAUGUGGCGCAAAUAUAAAAGCCAAAUUUUAUGGAAAUGCACCUAUUGGAUUUUACAAAUACAAGUAUCCCAAAGAGUUUCGUGAGCAAGGAAAUUAUGGUGCUAAGAUAUUUUAUUUCUUGGCAAAACAUAUAGAUGGAGAUAUCACUAAUGGUAUAAAAUAUCAGUGGUUGGAUCACGAAGAAUUAAAGAAAGUGUUACCUGAUAGAGUGCGAGAGAGUAUUUUCCAAUUCAUGUUAUUUACUUAGAAAUAUAAAAUAUAAAAUAUUUAAAUUA